AUGGCUUGUAGGAUAGAUCCGCUAGGAUGGGGGCUAGUUUUUACUGAUGAUGGAUUACUCAAAAGUGAACUUCGCAAGAAGAGUAAACAACUUAACAAAUUGAGAAUAGAAGUCAACGAAAUUUCCAGAAUUGUAAGUUCAAAACUUUUAUCAACUCAGUUUUAUAUAUUGAAGAAGGCACUACAACACAAUGUAAACCUGUAUAAAGACAAGGUGAUACAAACACAUGAAAGGAAACUCCGGAACUUAACUGGAAACUCUACAUUACCAUUUGACGCUAGCGACACUGUUACAAAUCUUUCUUCAAUAACACUCACCAAGGAUCAACUAAACAUUCUCAAAUAUGGUUUGAAUUGUUCUAUUACACCACAAAAAAUCAACAAGGCUAAUGUGUACACCUGUUUUGAAACUGUAAAUUAUAACAUACACAAUCACUUAACUGACCAAGGAAAAGCUUCUGAAAUAAAAAGGCAUUUAUCUGGAAUUGCUCAUGCUUAUUGCAACUCUUUUAAACCUUCAACAAAAGACCUGCACAAAAUUAAGACCAUCAAGGAACUUAGAAAAAACAGAAACAUUGUAAUCACGAAACCUGACAAAGGCAAUGGAGUAGUAAUUUUAGACAGGACAACAAAUGACAAAGGUCUGUUUGAAAUCAUUAAUGAUGAAACUAACUUUCGUUCCAUUGAGAAUGAUCCUACAAUAAAACGAGAAGGAAGUUUAACAAUAUUAUUACGGAAACUCAGAAAGUCCAAUGAAAUCACUGAUGAGGAUUACAAGAACAUAUAUCCAAAAGGUUCCAGCCCUGCUAGAAUCUAUGGCCUUCCGAAAAUGCACAAGAAAAGAAAAGAGGAUGGAUCACCACCUAUUGUAUCGAUCGGCACUCACAAUUACAACAUAGCUAAAUAUUUAAGUGAGCUCAUCAAACCAUGUAUUCCCACUGAAUUUAGCACUAAAGACACCUUUAGUUUUGUUAAAGAAGUACGGAAUUUAAAUAUGAAAAAUAAAUGUAUGGUUUCUUUUGACGUUGAGAGCUUGUUUACAAAUAUUCCUCUUAAAAAAACUAUUGAACUUGCUGUUAACACCAUAAUAUGUCACAGCCAAGAGCUAAAAACGUCUAAUGAAAACCUAACCAAAUUACUUUUGCUAGCCACCACGGGAACACAUUUUCUGUUUAAAGGUAAAUAUUUUGAACAAAUAGAUGGGGUUAGUAUGGGUCUCCACUAG